UGUCUUCACAUGGACCUGCCCUUGAUUACCAGUGCUUUCCAGUGAACAAUAGCUGGAGUUAAUCAACGUUAUAUUAUAAUACUACUGAUUCCUUAAAUAUGUAUUAGGUCUAUAUAGCACUGAUAAGGAUAUAUUACAUUACUAGAUAUUACCACUACCACCCCAAACCCCCCAAGUUGGUUGAACCUUCCACCCCUUUAGAUUUUUUUUUUCUCCAGUUCAUCCACUGGUUGCUGAUCUAUGCAUUAAUUUGGUGGUGCUGGUAUACAGAUACAGUGGUUAGUCAUAUCAGAUGUCUUUUUAAACACAGUAUGCACAAUAUCACAGGUCAUUUUGAUCAAAAUGCUUUGGCUUUUAGGAUGUACAGAAUUAUGGUGUCUGAAAUAAAGCUGUAGAUUUUUAUUUAUUGUGUGGUCUGUGUUUUGGUCUUGUCCAGUUCUCGGUAAUGACUCAUGCUCUUCAUCUGUGCACAGUUAGCUUCGCUUUAGGUGUUAACCACAGGUGUGUUUCUGGAAGAAGCAGGGCUCUCUUUUUUUAGUGUUUAAGAUACAUCCUAACCACCACCCCCAACCUCCCAUCUGCUAAUAAAACCAAGGGCAAGAUGAAAUCACCUCAUUACAGGCUGUUCAGAUCACUGACGAUCAUCUCCUGGAUCUGAAGCUGCAGUCAUGAGCGUCUGUCCUCGUUCUCUCCUCUUGGCUCUGCUGAUCAUCCUCUACCUUCAGUCCUGCACAGUGGGACAGCAUGGAAAAGCACCAAAGGAAUGCUGUUUCAGUUUCUAUACCAGACCAAUCCCUGUAGCUUUCAUUAGUAAGUACGAAGAAAUGAGAGCCAACUGUACAAGACCUGGAGUGAUUUUGACCACUAAGAAGGGUGUUCGUGUCUGUGUGAACCCCAGUCUUAAGUGGGUGCAGCAGCUUAUGUACACGAUUGAUCAUGGAGUUUUGGAAGAUUCCGGUGAGCUCCAUGAGCAUGAAGUUAAAACCAAAACCCGGCCUGUAUCUGGAACCUCGAGACCAGAUCCAGCAACAGAUGCACAGAACCAUGAACAUGAAACCCAAAGCCGUCCUGUACCUGAGACCCUCAGGCCUGACUCAAAUGAGCCCAAAUUGUUCUGUCUAAUUUGAAAACCAUUUUCAAAAUCAAUCGUGUUUUUUCCAUUUUUUAAGAUGUUUUUUUAAAUAAUGGUACUGUUAUUGAUCGGCUAAGUAUUGGUAUUGGCUGAUUUUCAGCCCAAGUAGGUAAUUUUUUCCCCAUGUUGCAUUAUCCUAAUAUUUUAUCCUAAUGCUGUUUGCUAUCCGGUGUUGA